UUGGACUUGGCCUAUUCGUGGCGUAAACCAGUCUAGCGAACGCUCCCGCUAAGGCAACUUAGAUAAAUUUGCGUUGAUAAGCGUGGGCAACACUCGCGUGUUUAACGGUGCGUUGAGGCGUUUUUAACGGAUAAUUGGAGACGCAAUCAGGUGUUCGUUAAAAAGACGAUUUGCAAUUAUUGGACUACCGUGCGCGUUGCGAUCGUCCAGUGGAGCGAGAGUUCAGUGACUUCCGGGAUAUUCUGGCAUUUGGAAAAUUAAGGGUUGACGAUUGUGAAGACGUGCUUGAGAUAGGGAUCUGGUCGAAUAAGCACUCUGGGAGCCACUUCCGAGCCCGUCCCGACGCCGGGCGGGUUUUCACCUAUCUUGACGGCCGCCAAAACGCUCAGUCUAAGAGAAUCUUCGUGUGCGGAGGCCCUUUGGAAGAUGCCACAUAAAGAAGAAGACCUCAUGCAUCACGCAAUGAGCCAAAACACUAUAUUCGGAUGUUCAACCGCAGGUCAUAGUGGCAUCAACCAAUUGGGUGGUGUCUACGUAAAUGGAAGACCUCUACCGGACUCAACCAGGCAGAAAAUAGUUGAAUUAGCCCACUCUGGCGCCAGACCUUGUGACAUAUCCAGAAUACUGCAAGUUUCGAAUGGCUGCGUCUCGAAGAUCCUCGGAAGUUUUUUUGUCGGUAGGUACUAUGAGACUGGCAGCAUAAAGCCUAGGGCUAUUGGCGGCUCGAAACCUAGGGUUGCCACGCAGCCUGUGGUCAACAAGAUUGCCGACUUCAAGAGGGAAUGCCCAUCCAUAUUCGCGUGGGAAAUCAGGGAUAGGCUGCUCAGUGAAGGGGUCUGCAAUAACGACAAUAUCCCAAGUGUUUCUUCCAUCAACAGGGUGUUGAGAAAUUUGGCUUCCCAGAAAGAACAACAAGCCUCAGCACAAAACGAAUCUGUUUACGACAAACUAAGAAUGUUCAACGGUCAAACGCCGGGUUGGGCAUGGUAUCCAGGAACACCAACAGCACCCCAUCUUGGACUACCACCAGCGCCAACAUCCCUCGCUAGUCAAAUUACCAGGGACGAUCUCCACAAACGUGAUAUUAUGCAUGAAAACACCUCUGAUGGUAACUCGGAGCACAAUUCGUCUGGCGACGAGGACUCCCAACUGAGGCUGAGGCUCAAGAGGAAGUUACAGAGGAACAGGACGUCAUUCACCAACGAACAAAUAGAUAGUCUAGAAAAAGAAUUCGAGAGGACACAUUAUCCGGACGUUUUCGCGAGAGAGAGACUAGCCGAGAAAAUUGGAUUACCUGAGGCACGUAUCCAGGUUUGGUUCAGCAAUAGACGGGCGAAAUGGCGCAGAGAAGAGAAAUUGCGAAACCAGAGACGCGUGGCGGAUCAGGUGGGGGCUAUCAGUCCUCCAUCUUCAUCCGGAAGACUACCCAUCAACUCCGGUUUCAAUUCCAUGUAUUCGUCGAUACCGCAACCCAUUGCAACGAUGGCGGACACGUAUAGGUAUUCGAUGUCUUCUGGACUCAGUAGUAGCUGUCUUCAACAAAGAGAUCCCACGGGAUAUCCUUACAUGUUCCAUGACCCAUUACACACUUUGAGUUCCUCCUACAACUCCAGAUCCUGCAAUCCAGCGGUGGCGCAUGCGCAGCCUUCUAGCCACGCAAGUUACCCCCCAGGAAGCACCCCGACAUCUGUACCUGUAUCAACUGGAACUGGUGUAAUAUCAGCAGGUGUAUCGGUGCCUGUGCAAAUUCCUAGUCAAACACCGGACCUAACCUCAAACCUAGCGUCGAACUAUUGGCCGAGGAUCCAGUGAUCGCAGCUUUUCGGGUUUCCCCCGCCGAGCUUGCUAGUGCCGCAGGAGAACCCGGUUUUGCAGCAGUCCCCCAUGUCCCCCCUUACCAAUGUAGAUACCCCACCUAACCACGAGUCUUAAAACACUCAGAAACGACCAACAUUGGAGGAGAUUAUAGCGAAAGAACAAUUAGGUUAGAAAAACCUAAUCAAAUCUUCGGAUCGAGGUUUGUUUGAAAUACAUCGAAUUAAGCAGCAAUUUCAGAAAGUUAGCCAUUUCUGCCGGCUCGCAGGGUAAAAUUUAUGUAAAUAUUGUAAAUACAAACGUGAUUCUGAGGUCGAAUCGAAGUUAGCCAAUACUCAGUAGAAAUACUUUUUAAUAGUGUAUAUUUUUCGGACUUGCCGUGAGUAGUAUUAAGGAUAUUUAUUGCAUAGUUUACUUUCAACUCUGGGAUUCACACAAGAUAUGAAAAAAAUUUGAUGUUUUGAAUCUAGAAACGAAACACUAAAUGCAUGCAAAUGGAGGCAACUGAUGACUCAAUGGACCUCCAUCCAAGGCUGAUUGUAAACCAAAGAUUCCAAACUUCAUAAGACAAAAAUCUGGUGUUACCUUCUUUUUCGAGCAUACCAGUCGUACUAACAAUAAAUAUAUCCACAAAUUACAAACGCACUGUAUGUUUUCCGAUUAUCACAUGUAUUAUAUUACCCCAAUUCAAAAUAUAUCUGAAAUAUAGCAAUAAAUGAUCGUACAACAAACUUGUACAUGUUCAAUGUUGAUUGGAAAAAAUUGUAAAGGUUAGGACAUUUAAGUUCCUGAAUUAAAAGAUUUCGGUCGGGUUUUUAUUAUAGAAUUUAUAUGUAUAGUCGAUCGAACCCUACAGGGUGCCAAGAAAUUCACAAGUUUCAGGAGAAACAUAGCAAACAUAUUUUCCACUUUUGUUGCGGAUUCUUUUGAAUUCUUAGUUUUUACACGGCGGAACCUCGAAAAAAUGGAAAUAUGCAAUGAUUUCUCGCGAACAUAAUGGAAUUUCUUGGCAUACCACAUGUCGUUGUGUAAGAUGUAAAGUAAAUCAUUGUUGCUGUGAUUCAUUAUUAUUAGUAUGUAUGUAUUAGUUACAUGAGUUUUGAAUCAUGUAGAUUAGUUGUCUGUGUAGAUGUAUAUUAUCAGUAUAUUGUGAAAUAAAAUUACUAAAUAUUA